UAUUUCGUUUUAACGAAAAAAAAAAUACAAAAACAAACAAACAAAAAAACAGCCCAGAGGAGAAACCGACGGGUUUAUUCCGUUGUUUAACGAAGAGCAAAGCCCCCGCUCGGCAUUUCGCUGCGGGGGGGGCACGGACGCCUCUCUCCUUCCUGUUGAUCGCAGCGGGGCCGCUCCGGGCGGACACCGGCCCCGAUCCUCCGCGCUGUGCUCCGCGGUCCGGGAGCGGCCCCGCCGCUAUUCGCGUCCCCAUCGGAACGAACCAAAACCCCGACCCCAUCCGGAAUCUCCUUUCCGAGGAGACAAAUCCAAAAAACCACCUGAUUCAGCCCCAAAAUAUGUUUUUUUUUUUUCUUCUCCUUUUUCUCUCUUUUUACUUUUCUUUAUUAAUGCUUCACCUAGAUAUAUUAUUUUUUUCCCCCCUAAAUAAACCAGCUUUCCCCUUGAAUUUAUCAUCCUUUUCCCCCAUAGACACCAAUUCUCCCCGCUCCGCACAGGUUCGGGCCGCGUACCGGGGCCGUGCGCGGUGUCCCCGUCCCCGCGGUGCCAUUCCCGUGUCCCCCAGACCCACCCUCUCUCUCCCUUUCUCUCCCCCCCUUCUCUUCCUCCCAGGCUUUAGCAGUUUUAUCCCGUUGCGGGUGUCCUUCCUCUCUGUAAAAUCGUAAGUACCUCGAGGUGGGAGGAGUAAAUUCAGCCUGACACUGAGAGCGCUUUUGUUGAAACGGGAGAGACUCGCGGUGUCCCUACUUAAAUAUGACACAUGACGAUGGACAGGCCUCCCGCCCCGCCGCCCCCCAGCAGUGACCCCCGCGAUGCCCGCCGCCACGACCCCGAAGCGGAGCCCACGAGCGAGCCCGACAGCAGCCGCGGGGGCAUGGAGCCGCCGGCCGAGCCCCAGCUGCUGCUCAACGGGGCGGCCAAAGAGGCGGGCCGACCCUCCCCCGGGCCCCCCGCCGCCGCCGUGCCCGUCAUCGAGCUGGUGCGCCGGGGGGGCUCAUUGGACAUAAAAAGCCGAGAGGCGGCGGGGGAAGCGAUGCAGAGAGCGCCGGGCGCCGAGCCGUGCCGCGCCGCCGAAGCCGCCUGCGAAGCCCGCAUGGUGCAGCUGAGUCCCCCCGCGCUGCCGCUGCAGCCCCCCGGCAGGGCCAUGCUCUACAACCUGGGCCAACCGCUGGGCACCAUCGGCAGUGGGUUCUUCGGCGAGCCGGACUCCUUCUCCAUGUACGGCAGCAACCGGGUGAAGAGGAGACCGUCGCCCUACGAGAUGGAGAUCACCGACGGUCCUCACACGAAGGUGGUCCGCCGCAUUUUCACCAACAGCCGGGAGAGGUGGAGGCAACAGAACGUGAACGGAGCCUUCGCAGAGCUCCGCAAACUCAUCCCCACGCACCCGCCCGACAAAAAGCUGAGCAAGAAUGAGAUUUUGCGCCUGGCUAUGAAAUACAUCAACUUCCUGGCCAAGCUGCUCAACGACCAGGAGGAGGAAGGAAACCAAAGGGGCAAAGUGAACAAAGACUCGGGGAUAGUUCAGGAAGACCUCCUGCAGGACAUGCUGUCUCCGAACUCCAGCUGUGGAAGUUCUUUGGAUGGAGCAGCGAGCCCGGACAGCUUCACAGAGGAGCACGACACGCUCGACUCCAAGCACGCACGGAACCUGCACCAUGCCAUCCUCCCCGUCGAAGGCAGCGCGCAGCGGUGAUGACCCCAAAUCACUCCCCGAGCGCUCAGAGGGUGGCGAGACCCAGGCGGGUGGGAUUUGGGACCUUUGUCUCCCCGUCUGCUCGGCUCAGGUUGGCACGUUGGCCAACAGGAUGGGACGGACGCUCGGUGUUUAGGUACGGGAUCGUACGAAGAAGAAAAGCGUUGAAGUCGUCUUCGUUGUACAUACUGACUCUGAGGAUGGGAGGGGAAUGCAGCCAGCACCCCUCCAGCAUUCUGAGGGUUUUUUGGACCGCCUGAGGGUCACUUCUCAAGCAGUCGUGAGGCUGGGACGUGAGGAAUGAAACAUAGGGCUGUGGAGCACAAGCAACUGGUCCGAGCCACGCUCCUGUUGACCAAGACCUUCUGACUGUAUCUUUUUAACGAGGUGAAAAAUGCCCUCAGCAAAAGAACUAUUAAAAGGAUUGAGACUUUC